CCUAAAUUCCAGUUCAGAACUGGGAAAUGAACUGUCCGGUAACUGGGAGAGCCCAGACACAGAUGAGCAGAUAAUUAGGCCUGUGACGGGAUUACAGAGGGAUUAGACAGAUGGUGUCACUGGGACAAUGAGCAAGUAGCGAGGUGACACGCUGUCUAUGUGCUCUCUAGACCCGUCAUGGGGGACUCCAGCACCCAGCCCGGCCCCGGGGCCCCCAGGAUAAUGGAGGCGAUACUCCUGUUGGCUCUCUUCCUUUGCGGGAUCCCGGCAAUGGAAUUUCCAGUGUAUCGGAUGCAGCAAUACAGCCUGGAGGGACACACACAUGGUUGUAAGUCGGUCCAGGUGAACGCGGAGAGCCGGACGCUGGAGGCGGAGAUACUGAGCAGGCGCUGUGUGCUCAUGAGAAUCACAGAGUUCUCGGUGGAGAGGUGGAGCCGGGUCCUGGCCCAGUCCGUGGCUGCAGUGCUGAUACUGGUCCCUCCUGAGAGCCCAGCAGAGCUGCAAGGACCGGUACAGGAAUUUGUGGAGCGGGAGAUGGAAAUCCUCCGGAACGAGACGCUGUUUCCCGUCUAUUUUGCGAUAGAGAACGCGGCUCUGCUGGACAUGUAUGGGGAGACAAGGUCCGUGUCUCAUUCUCUGACCUCUGCCUCGGCCUGGGAAGUCUUGUUUGGGAUGGUGAUGGGAAGCGGCUUUCAGAUGACGACCAGCGAGGUACAAAGUAAACCCAUCGUUCACCCCGUCAUCAUCACCCUGGAGGGACAACUGAUGGGACGCGGCGGUGACGCUGCUGAGCUGCCUUCCGUUGUGAUUGUCGCCCAUUAUGAUUCAUUUGGAGCCGCUCCGUACUUGGCUUAUGGCGCGGACUCCAACGGCAGCGGGGUGUCAAUGUUUCUAGAGAUGAUUCGCCUAUUUCAUCAACUGUACAGCGACUGGCGGACUCAGCCCAGGUAUAACAUGGUCUUCGCUCUAACCGGAGGUGGGAAGUUCAAUUAUCAUGGAAGCAAACGAUGGCUAGAGGAACAUCUGGACCAUUCUGAAACCAGUGUCCUCCAUGAGAACGUGGCAUUCGUCCUGUGUUUGGACACCCUGGCCAAUGGUGACGCUCUCCACCUUCACGUCUCACGGCCACCACCAGAGGGCAGCGCACAGUGGGAGUUCCUGAGGCAGCUGCAGCUGGCCACACAGUCUCCCCCAUCUCGGGGUCUGAAUUUUUCACUCAUCCACAAGAAGAUAAAUUUAGGGGAGAAUUUCCUGGCAUGGGAACACGAGCAGUUCAGCUUGCGCCGUCUCCCAGCUUUUACGGUGUCUCAUCUGCGCAACCACAAGAGCGGGAUGAGGAAGUCUAUACUGGACACCAGGCCUCGGGUGGACAUGAGGAGGCUCAGGAGGAACACGGAGGUCCUGUGCGAGGCUCUGGCCCGGGUUCUGUACCCGGACACCACAAAGGGAAAUCUGCAGAACCUGCAAAUCUUUAAAGGAGCUCUGCGCGUUGAUGAAGAGCGGUUAUCGGCCACCUUGAACUGGUUGGCGUCCCAGCCUCGCUCCGCUCAGCUCAUCGACCGGACGCACCCGGUACUGUCCACCGCCGAGCAUCUGUUCAAGAGGCACCUAAAAGAUGUAAGGCGCCACGUCUUCAAAGCGGAUGAAAGGCAUCCAGAAUUUGUGUUCUAUGAUCAGAUGAAACAGACUAUGACAUCACACAGGGUGAAGCCGGCUGUGUUUGAUCUGUUUAUGGCCGUCAUUAUUGCGGCCUACUUGGGCGUGAUUCACAAAGCUGUCCAAAAUUCCGGCCCGGCAUAUAAUAGGUUUGUCCUCCUUAUUACAAAGCAGAAGAGGAGAUGAAGAGACGCCUGAGGUCCACCUUCCGUCCUCUUCAUCACCGACUGGAACUCAACUUCUUACAUCGCAACUGUCUGUUUUAAAAAAAUAAAUUGAUAGUAAAAUCUA